AGGGGGGAAAACUUGAAGAAGCAUCUCAAAUCUAGAAGGACAAAGGAAAUUCAUCCGUCCCCAUUGAUCGGCUCACAAUGAAGCCGGUGUUUGUCCUCUUUGUUACCACUGCCUGGACUUUAACUGGAGCCCAGUACUACUACCAGGGGCUGAUGGAUUAUCUGGAUAACAGGUUAUUGGCUAUUGAGGAUCGUAUGCAGUUAUGGCACGACCAAUCCCGCCGUUACCACACAGAGUUGCUUAAUUUAAAAAAGCUAACCGCGGAAGCCAUGGAUGGGCUGAGGAACGAUCACGGCGCCAUUUUCGAGGAUCUGAAAGGAGCUGGAGUUCGAGUAGACCGGGUGGAACGAGAGAUGGACUACGUAGAAACCCAGACUUCCCCUCGGGCCUGUGCGAAUAGGGCAGACAAGGUGGUGGAGCAGGAAGCCUGGGGGCUGCAUGAGAGCAGAGGGGAGGAAGACUGGGAGGAGCUGCAGUCUAUGGUCUCUGACUGUGUGGAGAUCAUCUCUGGGAUCAGAUCAGUGAAGAUCCUAAAGAGAGUGGGCAGUCCCAAGGGCAUGUGGACCAGAGACCAAAGGUCGUCCAAAGUCUACGUCUUCAACGGGACGUCGGGAGACACCGUCCACCAGUUCGACUCUGUACGAGACUUUUCCCGCUCCCCGGACGACACCGGCAGCCGAGUGAUACGACUUCCCUCUGAUUGGACCAGUCCUGGCAGCGCUGUGUAUGACGGAUAUCUGUACUACAUUCAGCAGGAGGAGGAUAUGGACGUUCAGGUGGUCAAAUAUGACCUGAUGAGUCGCUCGUUGACGGAUAUCGCCAUAUUCCCCGUCGAGAGCCAAGCAAGUGUCUACAGCCUCAACCCAGAAGUCGUAGCGGACCUCGCAGCCGACGACGAAGGCCUCUGGCUUUUGUACGCCAUGAGUGACAGUGAACCUAACAUCAACCUCGCAAAGAUGGACCCCGCCACGCUCGAUAUAGAACAAAUCUGGGACACCCGGUGCCCACGGGAGAAUGCGGAGGCGGCUUUCGUCAUCUGUGGCACCGUCUAUGUCGUUUACAACACCCGUCUGGCCAGCCGGUCAAGAAUCCAGUGCCUGUUUGACGUCAACGAGAUGGUGAUCAGCGAGGAGGCACCCCUCAUAUACUUCCCCAGGAGGUACGGAGCCCACGCCAGUCUGAAAUACAACCCCGAGGAGAAGCAGCUCUACGGCUGGGACGACGGCUACCAAAUCAUUUACAGACUGACCAUGAAGAGGAAGCUCCUGGUGUGACAGUGGGGGGGAGGGGUGUCAUGUUUUCAAAGGAUAAAUUGAAACACGCUAUGCAAGAAGUCUUUCCGUAGCCUGCAGACUCUUCAUUCACGGUGGAUUUAUAACAACCAUAACAUCACACGUUUUCCAGCUAACCUUUGAACUAUUAUUUAUUCAUUUGAGUCUUUCUUCUCCCCUCAAGCAAACAUGGAAAUGCCAUUCAGUUUAUUAGAGGCUGGCAAGUCUUCCUGCUGUGUGAUGUUUUGUGUCAUCCCCUACAAUUAAUUUGACCAAAUCUCAUUCAUUUCCAUUCCUGCUUGUUAAGCCUCUGGCUGUGUUGUCGAUUUAUGCCGUGUCUUAUUUCCACAAAAUUCACAGCACGCAGCCCGUUUUUUUUGCAUAAGUAUUUUAAUCAAAGAAAAGAAAAUAAUAUCACAGAACUGAUAACACAUCACACCCCAUGGAAGAAAAAUAACAAAACACUCUGUUGAUUUUCAGACUUAUUGAAACAAAAAUAAUGACUGUGGCUGAAAGACUGUCUGCUAUUCCAUCGUUACUUUAUUACACCCUCAUAUUAAGAGUCUCGAUUGUAAUCAAGAAGCUCGUUUUAAACAUUCGUCUCGACUCACAACUCUCCGAAGAACAUUUUCUCAAACAUUUCUAUUAUUACAAAUACAAAAUGUUCAAUAAAAAAUUGGAAAUUCAGUUCUAUCAUAACAGUUGGAAGGGAUACAAGAUCAUAUCAAGAAACAUUACAAUGUGAGGCAAAGGUCGAGGGUCUUGGCAAUUGAUUUAACAGGUUUCUACUAUGAAAAACACACCACAUUUUCAGAGAAAUAUAUGACCAUCGUAAAGUUCUUUAACGGAAAGAAAGAGGAUUAUUCAACCACUUGUUUCAACACUCAAAUAAGAUAUUAGAAAUCUAUGAAUAAUGCCAUUAGAGGAGGAUUUUUUCACCUUUGAAACAACUGAGAGCAAACUGUCACAUUAGUGGAGGGGUGUCGAUGCUAUGAUGGAUCACGUCAAGCACGGACAAUAAUGAACCGACUCAUUCUCGCCGUAACAAGUGCCAAUUACAGAAAUGCCACUGCCCUGUAGACGCUGACCUGUCCGCCCAUCGGCUGCCCCCGCGUCGUCUCAGUCUCACAAACACACACACACACACACACACACACACUGAGCUCUCUCCGGGUACCCAUAAAGGAAAUGGCUAAACCAGAUCUGUCUGCUGAAUGCAUCUGCUCAUGUCGGGAUGUCUGCCCCCCCCCCCCCUUCCCCCACUCGACUUUUGCAAACUCUGUGAUAUAUAGCGUGUUCAUUGUACAGGAGUUUGAGCAAUAGUCUCACUCGUCGUCUGUUUGCUAAACGAGACACCAGGCCGGUCGGAGCCACAGCCAGGAACCCUGUUACGUUUCAGAUUUAAGGCCCUGUCUGCUGCUUAUGAGAUAAUAUGGAUGCUAUUCAGUAUAUAGUCGCCAUAUCAGAAAGACAUCAUCUGUACAAAAUGUAAUCUGUGAAUGCUUCCUGGCAGCUAUCGCACCGACUCCGUAGCUUAACCUUUCUCAGCCUGAUUGUACUGAUGCUAUCUGUGCUUACCAUGAACAGCAAUACAGAACAAGUACUAGGAGUUAAACUGAAGGACUGAAAUGAACCCAAAUAUUGUGUUAUAUUCCCAUUUCAAGGGUAUGAAUCUAUCCAUGAUGUUAUAUUUUGAAUUAAAACCAAUGGAUAUAUUUCAGUAACAACACAUUCAUCCAGGUUUUAAUGAAGUAAACUUUAAUCUGACUAAAACUACAGUUAAUGUAAAGUACGGUGGCUCACAAGGGCGAACAUGUUGCAAUGGUCCAAA